AUGUCAGUCUGGGACACAGAGUCUUUCAUUCUUUCCCUCCUUGCCAUUCUUUCUGUCAUCGCGCUCUACUCCCACCGCCGAAACAAUGGUUUUCAGUCUGGGCAAAUCCCCACCGUUUCAACAUGGUUCCCUCUCCUCGGUCUAGACAAUGGCUGGCGUCUCUACAACAAUCCCACCCUUUUUAUGGAACAGAUGAGGCAACGCUAUGGUCCUUUGUACCGCUUCAGAGUACUCGGAACGAGUGCAAUCGUUAUUCAUCAUCCAUACAGCUUAAGCCAGCUGGAACGCCAAACCAAAGAACUAUCCCCACAUCUUCCCUUCGAGGGUGCAGCCCAGGCCGGGUCUGGCAAAGCCAACGUCCAUCGAAUCGUCGAAAUCUUAAUGAACGAACUCGUACCCAUCACAGGUCGAGAAUUCUCUCGUCAACGGAUGAAAGACAGCGGCCUCAAAUCUCGCUUCCACGAGGAGCUCGAGAAAGAGUUUGACCAAUUCUCGAACCCGAGCGGAACGACCGUCCUCCUUUCCGAAUUCCUUCGCCAGACCCUCUACCGAGCUACCGGCAUUGUUAUAUUCGGACCAGAAUUCCCGGCAGAGUCCUAUGACGACAUCAAAGCAACCGUUCCCGACAUCUCGUUCCUGGCUUCUCGACUUUCCCACCUCCCUUGGUCCAAAACCGGUCGAGCACGCGACCGACUCCUCAACUUCGUUAUUGAAUACAUCCGACCAUGGUGGGAAGCCGACGGCCACUCCACCAAGGAACUCAGCGGCGUGAUGGUCGAAGGACUCGUCACGAUGAAAGAGGCUGGACUCUCGCUCCCCGAUGCAGCCGCUGUGCUCCUGCCGCUAUUGUGGGGGAUCCACAGCAACAUCUGGUUCCAUCUUUACUGGAUGUUGGCGCAGAUUAUUCUUGACGAAGAUCUACUGAUCAGAGCCCAGAACGAGGCUAGGAGUGGGAAGGAUAUCACAGAGAUGCGGUUGAUCGAGUCGGUUAUGUGGGAGGCGUUACGCUGGCCUUAUAGCAUGCAACAGCUCCGUCGCGCCAGCGAAGACCUAGACGUCAGCUUCAAGGGAACACGCUACUUCAUUCCCAAAGACACUUGGAUCAUCUCCAAACUCAUCAACCACGACUCAAGCAUCUACGAAGAUCCAUUCGAGUUCAAGGCAGACCGCUUCCUCGUAAACCCGUCCUUGCCCAAGCCGAAAACCUUUGGAGACGGUGCCCAUCUUUGUAAAGGAAAACAGUUCGCUUUGCACCAAAUGCCCGAUUUCGUUGUCACCGUCCUGCGAAGGUUCGACGUCGAAUUGGUUCAAAGGAGUGGGAAGGAUCGAAAGGUUCCGCAGAGCGAGAGCAAUUCUUUCCUCCCUGAUAUCAGCAAGUUCGAGGAAUUCACCAUUAAGAUUACGCCUCGUGCGUCCAACUAG